UUCAUUCUCGUCGGCAGAUGGCGGAUGCAGUAGACGCCCUCCGCUCCGACCGUCAGUCGCGCAUAGACAACCGACCGAGCACAGUGUUUUUGCUCAGCACCAUUUUGUGUGUAUCGUUUCGAACGGGACAUUGUGUGUAUGUGCUCCGUGAAUAAUCGAAUAGCACGAACUAUCAGUGUCGAGUCGAAUACAGUGUUUCUCUCGCGAUAUGCCCCCGCGGGGUUCGAUGAGAUAUCUCGGGCGCCCGUAGAAACCGCGCCUCCGUCAUGAGCGAGUGAUCGUCGAGCGAGCGACGUAAAAAAAGUUAACACAGGAAACAUGUCUCGGCGGACCGCCGACGCGGAUGCGAGCGAAGGGUUCGAAAUUCGAAAGCGGUCAUGUCAUCGCCUCUCGGAUUUCGUAUAAGUCACCGUCCAAUGUCAAAAUCGUGCACGUACCGCGAGCGCCGAUACGGGAGCCGCGUACCCUCCGGAGCGUGCGGAAAAUGCAAUCGUUGAUAGUUUGGUGGGCGGUGGUGUCGGCGGCCUGGGCGCUGGCGGGCGCGUGCUCGAGCUCCAUCUCCAAGCGGCCGGCGCGGCCCGCGAGGCCCGUCGCCGCCGCGCCGGCCCGCCCGCCGCCGCAGCCGAGGCUCAACGUCACCUUCCCCACCUUCAAGUGCGAGCCCGACUACUCCGAGUACUACUGCCUCAACGGCGGCGUGUGCUUCACCGUGGUCAUCUCGGACAGCCCCAUCUACAACUGCGAGUGCCGCAGCGGGUACGUGGGGCAGCGCUGCGAGUUCAAGGACCUGGACGACUCGUACGUGCUGACGAGCCGGCAGCUGAUGAUGGAGACGGCGUCCAUCGCGGGCGGCGCCACGGUGGCGGUGUUCCUGGCCAUUCUAGUCUGCUUCGGCGCGUGGGUGCGGCUGCGGAGGCGCGCGCCCGCGCCCAAGGCGCCCGAGAGCGGGCUGCCGGCGCGCGUGCAGCUCGUGGCGCUGGCGCCGCCCGGCCGGCCCGCCGCCGUGGCCGUGCAGCCGCCCGGCCGGCGCUGAUGGACGCUAGUGCGCUUUAUACGUGUUAAGUUAUGUGGAUCGAACGAGAAUAUAAGAAAAUUUAUGUGAUAAUUAUUUUACGAAGCUUAUAAUUUAUUCGGAAGGAAUCUCUUUUGUAUAUACCGGAUCCGUCGAUCGUCGCGUCGAUAAAUUCAGUGUUCCGAGUGUUGUGGACGGUACCUGUGUCGUCGUGUGCGGGGAGCCGGCGGGCCCGGAGCCCUGCACGCUCCUCGGCCCUCCUGGAUGUCGCGGAUCCCCGAUCGUCGUAUUUAUUAGUCCUCCGUUGUAUCUGAAUAGAUUGUGAUGAAGUGGAAGGUGUGAGGCGGGGAAGGCCCCGGACGCACAUUCCGUCUCGAGGAUAGUGUAUGUUACUGGUGUCAGUAUUAUUUUGUAAUGAGUGUUAAGCCGGCAGCUUUACUUUAUUUUAUAAUUUAUACCUGUUAUCCCUUUGGGAUAGUGCUGUAUUAUAUUCGUUUAAAGGCUGAGAUGUGGCCCGGAAGGUAGGCUUCUUGUAAAUAUAGCCCGCAUAGGUAUUUAUUAGAUAUUUAUGAUCGUUUAUUUAUUGACUGCUUUAUUUAGUUAUCUCCGAGAUGAGCCACUGCAAGCCUAACUCGACAUAACGGUUGCAUUUUCAUUUCACCUGCUAUGCAUGGCCUCGUAAAUCACUUAUUCCCAAUUGUAAUCUCAUUAUGAAUCUCCUCCUGUCUUGGUAUUUUGUGAAAAAUAAAAUAACAUUGGAUGGUGUAUAAAA